AUGGUUGACUGUGGACCCUCCUGUGCUGUGCCCUCUUGCGCCUCCGCCCCAGUGGUUGGCUUCGGAUCAGCUGGCUCCAAAGGUCUUGUGGGCUAUGGCGGUCUUGGCGGUCUUGGCUAUGGCUUGGGUUACGGCCGUGGUUUGGGCUACGGCACCUUGGCCGAGAGCUCCGGAAGCCUGGGCACCCUGGCCGGAGUCAUCCCCAAUUGCAUCAACCAGGUCCCACCAUCCGAGGUGAUCAUCAAGCCCCCUGCAGUCGUGGUCACCAUCCCCGGCCCCAUCCUGUCCGCCAGCUGUGAGCCCGUGGCCGUCGGAGGCAACACCCCAUGCGCCCCCGGAGGUAUCGGAGGUACCGGAGGCUUCGGAGGAUACGGACGCGUCGGUGGCUUCUACGGAGGCCACCUGGGACGUCUCGGUCGCCGUGGCAGCCUCUGCUCUCUGCCUUGCAACCUCCCCUGUUAAAUUCACCCGGACUCUCCACCACCAAAUACGGAUCUGAGAAGAUUGGAUAGAGCCUAUCUGAGCCCCAUUCUGGACUGCAUCGAUCUUUGACAAACCAGUUGUGUUUGUCUCUAGACGGAUAAAAUUGGCGCGGAAGACCUCUUACGACCUCUGUUGGACUUCUCUUUGUCCCCCGCACCCAAUCUUUGCUUUCAAAUGCUCAAAG